UAUUGGGAGGUUAAUGUGGUUUUAGAUUAUUUACCGUAUAUUGAUUGAUUGGGCACACAAAGGCAAAUUUUCCACUUGCCAUCACAAGUAGCUUUCCCACUCCAUUUAUGAAUCAAGUUUGUUAUUCUUCGUCUCUUCUUUCUAGAUGCCGCACUGCCUUUCCUUCAACCAAGCCUCUCCCGGCGACGACCCUCUUCCUCAUCCAUCAUCAUCUCUAGACAGCCUGCCCUCCUCCUCCAGAAACAACGCGUCCAAUCCGUCGCCUACCUUUAAUCUCAGCCGCGAGCUGGCUCACGCUUUUCAGACCCCAUCCUACCACGACAUACGUUCACUGGUUCACGUGGUUGACCCCCCUGCUCAUCUUCCCAUCCAACCCGACAUCAAUGAUCGGACCGAGCUGCUUCUCUCUCAAGUUCUUCAACCAAACAAUGAAUGCGUCCAAGAAGCUCUUAGCCACGCCAAGCCUACUACACUCACCCAUCUCAUCUCCACUUACUUUCAACACAGCGAAAGUGCCACGCGCCUUUGCUUGAAUCUUUACCAAAGCGUACACACCGCUCGCCACCUCUACACACCCCUCUUUGACCUCUUCCACAUCCUCCCCGUUGAUUCCAACGCCAUUGACGAGUCCCUCUGUAACUUGGCAUUCGACGUCUUCCUCAAGCUCGACACUUUUGAAAACCCUUUCUCGUCUCCUGAAUCUCACAGCUUCCGAGACACUCAACUAUGCUUCUCCCAGCUGAAGCACAAGCUGGACACCCGUCUCCGUAAGUCUAGGUCACGGGUCCGCCUCAUCCACCAUGCCACAGCUGGUCCCCUGUGCAGUCCUUACCUCCCUCACAGUUUCAAGAAGAAGGAGUUGACUAACAUUUCUCAGCUCAAUGCUGCUGCCAAGGGUACUUUUGUGCUCAACAAAGAUCUCGACACCAUUGACCGUCUUGUCUCCCGCCUGCACACGGGAAUUGAAUACGACAAGCUUUUCAUUCGGCUUGGAUUGGAGAGGGGGAGGGACGUUUAUUCAGUUCAGGAGAUUUUGAAACAGCUUCGCAAGACUCACCUUAACCUCACCCAUCAACUCAAGGAUCUUGAGGAUCAUAUUUGCCUUUGGUUCACCAACGUUAACAAAGCUAGAUCGUUGCUCCUUCAAGAGAUCCAUCUUUCCCGAAUAUAAGCUCCCCAACUCUCUCUCUCUCUCUCUCUCUCUCUCUCUCUCUCUAUCAGUUUUCCGUGCUUGUAAGUUGGUCAUGGUAUUCUUUAGAGUUUAGAGGGAACAAAAAUAUUGCCAGCAAAAUUAAUCAAGAUUUCAUGGUAGGCUGCUUUUUUUUUGGAAAAUCAUAAUAUCAUAUACAUAUCUGGAUAAUAAGACGAGGUUUUUCUUUUGCUUAAGUACAUAUGUAUUUGUUUCAAUCUGAUGAAGUAAAUGUUUAUUGUCUUAAUUGACAGUAGGUCUU